UUAAUAUCCAUGGACGCCAUUAAUAUUAAAGAUGUGGACCUUGAGAAAAUCCCCAUUGAAGAAGUUUUCGCGCAUUUAAAAUGUUCGAGGGAGGGUUUAACGUCGGCAGAAGCUGCAAAGAGGCUUGAAGCUUUUGGCGCCAAUAAACUUGAGGAGAAGAAUGAAAGCAAACUUCUCAAGUUUUUGGGAUUUAUGUGGAAUCCUCUUUCAUGGGUUAUGGAGUGUGCUGCUAUUAUGGCCAUUAUAUUGGCACAUGGAGGGGGCAAGCCUCCGGACUGGCAAGAUUUUGUCGGCAUCACGGUGCUGCUAAUUAUCAAUUCCACCAUUAGUUUCGUCGAAGAAAAUAACGCUGGAAACGCUGCAGCCGCCCUCAUGGCUGGCCUUGCUCCCAAAACCAAGGUUUUAAGAGAUGGAAAAUGGAGUGAGGAGGAGGCAUCCAUUCUAGUUCCGGGAGACUUGAUCAGUGUCAAGCUCGGAGAUAUCAUCCCGGCUGACGCCCGUCUCUUGGAUGGUGACCCUCUCAAGAUUGAUCAAGCAGCUCUCACCGGUGAAUCCUUGCCCGUCACCAAAAACCCUGGGGAUCAGGUCUACUCCGGCUCCACCUGCAAGCAAGGCGAAAUCGAGGCCGUUGUUAUCGCCACCGGCAUCAACUCCUUCUUCGGAAAGGCGGCACAUCUCGUUGAUAACACCAACAAUGUGGGACAUUUUCAACAGGUGUUGACUUCGAUUGGAAACUUCUGCAUUUGCUCGAUUGCUGUGGGAAUGCUGAUCGAGGUCAUAGUGAUGUACCCUAUUCAAAAGAGAGGGUACAGGCAAGGAAUCGACAAUUUGUUGGUGCUCUUGAUUGGUGGGAUUCCGAUCGCCAUGCCAACCGUAUUAUCCGUGACUAUGGCAAUCGGGUCCCACCGGCUGUCCGAGCAGGGGGCCAUCACAAAAAGGAUGACCGCGAUCGAGGAGAUGGCUGGAAUGGAUGUGCUCUGCAGCGACAAAACCGGAACUCUCACUCUCAACAAGCUCACCGUCGAUAAAAAAAUGAUCGAGGUCUUUCCAGGCGACUUGGACGCCGAUGGCCUCCUCUUGCUCGCUGCUCGAGCUUCUAGGGUUGAGAAUCAGGGCGCCAUUGAUGCCUCCAUUGUUAACAUGCUCAAAGAUCCCAAAGAGGCGAGGGCGGGGAUCACGGAGGUGCAUUUCUUGCCCUUUAACCCCGUGGAGAAACGGACAGCCAUCACCUAUUAUGAUUCCGAUGGGAACUGGCAACGCUCAAGUAAAGGUGCUCCUGAGCAAAUUAUCGAACUAUGUGAACUUGAAGGAGAAGUGUUGAAAAAGGCUCAAACGAUCAUCGAAGAUUUUGCGAAUCGCGGUCUUCGGUCUCUUGGUGUUGCACGGCAGAGUGUGCCGGAGAAGACGAAAGAGGGCAAAGGCGGAGCUUGGGAGUUUGUAGGGUUGCUACCGUUGUUCGACCCUCCGAGGCACGACAGCGCAGAGACGAUCAAAAGAGCUAUUCAACUUGGCGUCAGUGUGAAGAUGAUAACCGGCGAUCAGCUAGCCAUCGGCAAGGAGACGGGCCGUCGCCUUGGGAUGGGCACCAACAUGUAUCCUUCUUCUUCCCUACUUGGUCAAAGCCAAGACGCCUCCUCAAUGUCCGUUGAUGAGCUCAUUGAAAAAGCAGACGGUUUUGCCGGAGUCUUUCCUGAGCACAAGUACGAGAUCGUGAAGAGGCUGCAAGAGAGAAACCACAUCUGCGGCAUGACUGGAGACGGCGUGAACGACGCGCCGGCGCUGAAGAAGGCGGAUAUAGGCAUCGCCGUAGCGGACGCGACGGACGCUGCCCGGGGCGCGUCCGACAUCGUGCUGACGGAGCCGGGGCUGAGCGUGAUCGUGAGCGCCGUGCUGACAAGCCGCGCUAUUUUCCAGAGGAUGAAAAACUACACCAUUUACGCGGUGUCGAUCACAAUCCGCAUCGUCGUUGGGUUCAUGCUCAUCGCUCUCAUCUGGAAAUUCGACUUCUCCCCGUUCAUGGUCCUCAUCAUCGCCCUCUUAAACGACGGCACCAUCAUGACCAUCUCCAAAGACAGAGUGAAGCCUUCGCCCGUGCCGGACUCGUGGAAGCUGAAUGAGAUCUUCGCGACGGGUGUAGUCCUUGGGACGUAUAUGGCUGCCAUGUCCGUCCUCUUCUUCUACCUUGCAGCUCACACUAACUUCUUCUCAGAUAUUUUCGGUGUUAGGUCGAUCAGAGGGACGACGGAUGAGCUGACGGCGGCGCUCUACUUGCAAGUGAGCAUUGUAAGUCAGGCUCUCAUCUUCGUGACUAGAUCGCGAAGCUGGUCAUUUGUGGAACGACCAGGGGUCUUGCUCAUGACUGCGUUCGUCAUGGCUCAACUGUUGGCUACAUUGGUAGCGGUAUAUGCGAAUUGGGAGUUUGCAAGGAUGAAAGGGAUCGGAUGGGGAUGGGGCGGAGCCAUUUGGGUGUACAGCAUCGUCACCUAUUUCCCUCUUGACAUACUCAAAUUCAUCAUUCGCUCUCUAUUCGAUCACAAGAACAACAAUGGCGAUGCCGAAAAGAAAGCGAGAAGCUCCCUUACCGACCGCCUCUCGGCUUCCGACUUCUGAUGAUACUGCAAACAUAAAAUGGCACACAAUCGCAAGUUUCAUGGUUUGGACAGUGGCCAAUGUGCAAAAUUCCAGCAACACUAAAAUUUGGUCCAAGAGAGAGAAGCAACCAAUGUAUUGGGAGAUGAAACGUAAAUUUGAACAAAAAAGUUGGCGAUGAUGCGAUGGAAUGGGCUGUCCAGUUGGAUGUUCAAAGCACGUACUACUGGGCACUGGUAAGAAAACCAUAUUUUUUCAAUAAGUUUUGGAUGAUGUAAUGUCAAUCGAUGGUUGUAGUUUAGAAGGAAAAUGUGAUUCUCAAAGAGUAGAUAUAAAUUCAGUUUAUGAACAUUUAAUCUAUCUGUAUAUAAGUUUUCUCA